GCCUCUGCCCUUCUUUCCCAGCGAUGCAGCCCUACACGGUCAAUAUCAAGCUGUCGGCUCGGACGCUCACUGGGGCGCUCAACCCUCAGAACCGGGGAGCGGCGGACUGGGGCUGGCAAGGCUUGAUUGCAUAUGGAUGCCAUUCUCUUGUUCUAGUGAUUGAUUCCAAGACUGCUCAGACGCUACAGGUUUUGGAAAGACACAAAGCUAUUGUUGUAAAGGUUAAAUGGGCUAAAGAAAAUUAUCACCACAAUGUUGGGUCACCUUAUUCUUUGCGCUUAGCCUCAGCUGAUGCCUCUGGAAAGAUCAUUGUUUGGGAUGUGGCUACAGGAGCUGCUCGCUGUGAAAUCCAAGAGCACACAAAACCCAUCCAGGACAUGCAGUGGCUGUGGAGCCAGGAUGCCUCUCGGGAUCUGCUACUUGCUGUUCACCCUCCAAACUACAUUGUGUUGUGGAAUGCAGAUACAGGCACCAAGCUUUGGAAAAAAAGCUACGCAGAAAACAUCCUCUCUUUUUCAUUCGAUCCCUUUGAUCCAUCCAAUUUAACGUUGCUUACAAGUGAGGGAAUAGUGUUUAUAUCGGACUUCUCUCCUUCAAAGGCCCCCGCAAGUUCAGGGAAAAAAGUUUACAUUUCUAGCCCUCGUUCAAGUCCUGUUCAUAACAAGCUGGUGUCUGCCGCAGGGGCUAAAAAGGCCCUGGACAAAGUAAAAAUUCUCAUCACUAAGGAAAAGCCAAGUGCUGAAUCCGUAACACUGAAUGACUGCCUUCAGCUGUCCUACCUGCCUUCCAAAAGAAACUACAUGUUGUUACUCUACCCAAGAGAAAUAUUGAUUCUGGACCUGGAAGUAAACCAGACAGUAGGUGUGAUAGCAGUCGAAAGAACAGGCGUGCCUUUUCUACAGGUAAUCCCAUGUUUUCAGCGUGAUGGAUUGUUCUGCCUACAUGAAAAUGGUUGUAUAACUUUGCGAGUUCGCAGAUCAGCCAGUAAUAUAAGCACUACACCAAGUGAAGAUCCAGACCCUGAUCCCAUCCAAGAGCUCAUCUAUGACUUACGAAGUCAGUGUGAUGCUAUCAGGGUUACCAAGACUGUUCGCCCAUUCAGUAUGGUGUGUUGUCCAAGUAAUGAAAAUUCUGCAGCUCUUGUAGUCAGUGAUGGCAGAGUAAUGGUAUGGGAGUUGAAGUCCGCCAUUUCAGGCCGAAGUCUACGUGCUAGCAAUUCAAGUGCAUCACCUUUGUAUUCACCUGUCUCAUUCUGUGGAAUUCCUGUAGGACCAUCGCAGAAAAAACUUCCAGAUUUGUCACUAGAUAAUAUGAUAGGUCAAGGCACAGUUUCAAGUGAAGAACAACUGAAAGGUUACUGUCUGCAAGAAGUGCAUCUGAAAUUCCUGUUAACAGGGCUUCUUUCAGGACUUCCUUUACCUCCGUUUGCUAUCCGCAUGUGCCCACCACUCACCACAAAAAACAUAAAGCAAUACCAGCCUCUCCUUGCUGUCGGAACAAGCAAUGGCUCUGUCUUGGUGUACAACCUUACCAGUGGGCUCCUACAUAAAGAGUUAAGCAUUCAUUCCUGUGAAGUCAAAGGCAUUGAGUGGACAAGCCUGAGUGGCUUCCUUUCUUUUGCCACAUCAACGCCUAAUAAUCUGGGGCUAGUAAGAAAUGAACUGCAGCUGGUUGAUCUCCCUACCGGGAGAAGCAUAGCAUUCCGUGGAGAUCGAGGCACUGAUGAACCAGCCAUUGAAAUGAUAAAAGUCUCUCACUUGAAGCAGUAUUUGGCAGUUGUGUUUAAAGACAAACCUUUGGAACUAUGGGAUAUUAGGACGUGUACGCUUCUGAGAGAAAUGUCCAAAAACUUUCCUACAAUCACGGCUUUGGAAUGGUCGCCUUCGCAUAACCUGAAGAGCUUACGAAAGAAGCAGCUCGCAGCCCGUGAAGCUAUCGCCCGGCAAACUGUAUCUGAUACUACUGAACUGAGCACUUUAGAAUCUUCUGUAAUCAGCUUAUUACAGGAGGCUGAGAGCAAAUCUGAAUUGAGCCAGAACAUUUCUGCUCGAGAGCACUUUGUGUUUACCGAUACUGAUGGACAAGUUUAUCACUUGACGGUAGAGGGGAAUUCUGUCAAAGACAGUGCAAAAAUUCCUCCUGAUGGCAGUAUGGGAAGCAUUACUUGCAUUGCAUGGAAAGGAGAUACCUUGGUUCUCGGAGAUGUUGAUGGGAAUGUGAACUUCUGGGAUCUAAAAGCCAGAGUAUCUAGAGGCAUCCCCACACACCGGGGCUGGGUGAGAAAGAUACGCUUUGCCCCUGGAAAAGGAAACCAAAAACUGAUAGCCAUGUACAAUGAUGGUGCUGAAGUCUGGGAUACAAAGGAGGUCCAGAUGGUUAGCAGUUUAAGAAGUGGAAGAAAUGUCAACUUCCGAAUACUCGAUGUUGACUGGUGUACCUCUGACAAAGUAAUCCUAGCAUCAGAUGAUGGAUGCAUCAGAGUGCUAGAGAUGACAAUGAAAUCAGCCUGUUUUAGAAUGGAUGAGCAAGAACUGUCAGAACCUGUUUGGUGCCCGUACCUUCUUGUUCCAAGAGCUUCCUUAGCUUUAAAAGCAUUCUUGCUGCACCAACCUUGGAAUAAUAAAUAUUCUCUGGACAUUUCUCACAUAAAUUAUCCAGAGAAUGAAAACAUUGAAAAUCUGCUGCAAGAACAAUUGUACUCAUUGCCCAAUGACAUCAAGGAACUUUUGGUUGAUCCAGAGUUCACCCUCUUGCAGCGAUGUCUCCUGGUUGCAAGACUGUACGGGGAUGAAUCCGAACUGCAUUUCUGGACUGUUGCUGCCCAUUAUUUGCAUGCUUUUUCCCAGGAGAAAACAUUAAUGGCAAAAGCAGAAGACCUUUUUUCUCAAGAAAAAUGGAGCAGUCCAUUAGAUAUCUGUUAUGAUACACUCUGUGAAAACUCAUAUUUCCAGAAAUUCCAGCUUGACAGAGUCAAUCUUCAAGAAGUUAAAAGAUCAAAUUAUGAUCACACCAGGAAGUGCACCGACCAGUUACUUCUGUUGGGACAGACUGACAGAGCUGUGCAGCUACUUUUGGAGACAAAUGCUGAGAACCCCUAUUACUACUGUGAUUCACUCAAGGCAUGUCUAGUCACAACAGUCACUUCCUCAGGUCCUUCCCAAAGUACCAUAAAAUUGGUAGCGACGAACAUGAUUGCAAAUGGAAAGCUGGCAGAGGGUGUUCAGUUGCUGUGUUUAAUAGAUAAAGCCGCUGAUGCCUGUCGUUACCUGCAAACCUACGGUGAAUGGAAUCGAGCGGCGUGGCUUGCAAAAGUUCGCCUGAACCCAGAGGAAUGUGCUGAUGUUUUGAAGCGUUGGGUCGACCACCUUUGUUCUCCACAAAUCAAUCAGAAAUCCAAGGCCAUCCUUGUUCUCCUUUCUCUAGGUUGCUUCAUAAGAGUGACAGAGAUGCUGCACAGCAUGAGGUAUUUUGACCGGGCUGCAUUAUUUGUUGAAGCCUGCCUUCAGUAUGGUACCAUUGACAUUAAUGAAGAUGCAAAAAAACUAAUCCAUGCAGUAUUUGCCGAUUAUGCCAGAAGUUUGAAGACUCUGGGCUUUUUGCAGGCUGCAACUUUGUUUGCCUCAAAAGCAGGGGCAGCUGGCAAAGAUUUGCUGAAUGAACUCCAACAGCUUAAAGAAGAAGGACUUACAGAGUGACAACCCUAUAUGAACCACUAAAGAUUGAGAUUUUCUAUCAGACUGAAUGAUCAAUGCACUAACUCUUUAUAGAUGAUA